AUGGAGGCCGCGAUCGCAUGGCUGGUGCAGGCCAUCCUUGCAGCACUCCUGAUCGACAAGCUCGAUGCCUGGAUUCGACGAGUCGGGCUUGCCGAUGACGUUGAAAAGCUCAAGUCGGGGAUCAGGGGAAUCAACAUGGUGGUCUCUGCUGUGAAGGAGAGGGGGAUCAGGAACGAGUCGCUGGAUGAAUCUCUGGCUCUUCUCAAGGAUCUGCUCUACGAUGCCGACGAUGUGGUCGACGAACUCGACUACUGCAGGCUCCAAGAGCUGGUCGAAGGAGUUACAUGGGACGAGCCUGACGCUAUGCAUGGAGCUGAGCGAGUUGAUGAGAUAUCGAGGGGCGAUGCUGAUACACGUACACCCAAUAGUAGUGUUGGCAGAUUACGGUCACCGGUAUGGGAACACUUUACGAUCACAGAAAAAGUUAACGAAAAGCCUAUCAAAGCAAUAUGUAUAUACUGUAGAAACGAGUUUAAUUGUGAAACGAAGACCAACGGGACUUCAUCUAUGAAAAAACAUUUGGAGAAAGAGCAUUCCGUGACUUGUACGAAGAGACAUGGAUUGCAUCCCCCAAACCAUUUAAGCACCGGGGAGCCUAUUGUAAUUGGCAGCUCAUCCAGGAGAAAAGGAAAUAAACAACGGUCCAAGGCAUGGGAUUCUUUUGAUGUCAUAGAAGAAGAAAACGGACAGCCAAUCAAAUCAAGAUGUAAAUACUGUCCCACAGUGAUCAAAUGUGGAACCAAGAAUGGGACGGCAAGUAUGCUCAACCAUAACAAGAUUUGUAAUAAGAAACCUGGAUCAGAUGACCAGCCACCAAACCCGUCAAGCAACCGUGAUGCUACUGCAAAUGUGACGCCUAUUGUAACUGGUGAAUCUAGUAGAAAGAGAAGGAAGUCUGCACAAAUCAUUGCAGCUAAUGCACGCACCCCUUGGGACAAGGCUACAUUAUCCAGUAGGAUACGAAAAAUUGCUAGUCAGUUACAAGACAUCCAAAGGGGAGUGAGCGAAGUUCUCAAAUUAUAUGGAUCGGACUUAGCUUCCAAUUCAAAUCAUCAUCAAAGUAUAACCUUAGAUGAGCACCUAAGGACAUCAAGUCUUAUUCCACGGAACGUAUAUGGAAGAGUUGCAGAAAAGAACUCCAUUAUAAAGAUGAUAAUAGAAGAAAGAUUUGAUGGUGUAGUUGUUCUGCCUAUUGUAGGCAUUGCAGGCGUUGGGAAAACAACUCUUGCUCAACUUGUGUACAAUGAUCCAGAUGUGGAACAUCAAUUUGACCAAAGGAUAUGGGUUUGGGUGUCUCACAACUUUGACGAAAUGACACUAACAAAGGAGAUCUUAAACUCUGUUUCUCAAGAAAGGCAUGAAGGAAUAAACAGUUUUGUGAAGCUUCAGGAGACCUUGAAGAGUCAUGCCAAUUCAAAGAGACUUUUACUUAUUUUAGAUAAUGUCUGGGAUGACAUGAACGCUAUCCAGUGGGACAAAAUGUUGGCUCCUCUGGCAUCCUCAAGUCAUGUGAAUGGUAAUGUGAUUCUAGUCACUACUAGAAAUAUGUCUGUUGCACAAAGGUUAGGCACCCUCAAACCGGUCAAAUUAGGUGCCUUGGAAAAUGAUGACUUUUGGUUAUUGUUCCAAUCACGUGCAUUUGGUUAUGAGAACUGUGAGGAGCAUCAAACUCUUAGUUCCAUCGGGCGGCAAAUAGCUGAGAAGUUAAAGGGCAACCCAUUAGCAGCUGUAUCUAUAGGUGAUCUAUUAAUAAAGAAAUUUAACACUGAUUAUUGGGGAAACGUUCUAAAUAACGAAGACUGGAAAUCCAUACAGCUCAGUGGAGGAAUUAUGGCUGCUCUGAAGCUUAGCUAUGAUCAACUUCCUUACCAUUUACAACAAUGUUUCUCGUAUUGCUCCAUAUUCCCCAACAGCUAUCAGUUUCUUGGUGAGGAGUUGGUUGGUUUUUGGAUUUCACAGGGAUUUGUAAAGCGUAGCAACUCUAGCCAGAGAUUGGAGGAUAUAGGACGGCGCUAUCUGAUUGAUUUGGUUAACCUGGGCUUCUUUGAGGAAGUUAAAAGAGAAGAACCCUAUCUAGGCAGUCAAGUUCUUUAUGCCAUAUGCGGUCUCAUGCAUGAUUUUGUGGUGAUGGUUUCAAAGACCGACUGUGCAAGUAUAGAUGGCCUGCAGUGCAACAAAAUGCCUCAAACUAUACGACAUUUGUCAAUAAUAACUGGUUCUGCAUAUAACAAAGAUCAGCAUGGGAACAUUCCUCGUGAUGAGAAGUUUGAAGAAAUUCUGAGAAAUGCAAUUACAUCAGUUAGCAGAUUGAGGACAUUGGUCUUACUUGGGCACUGUGACUCUUUCUUCUUACUAUUAUUCCAAGAUAUAUUCCAAAAGGCACAUAAUUUACGCGUACUACAAAUGUCUGAUGUGAUGGAUGAGGUUUUACCUCAGCUUUUGAGCAAGUUGUACCAUCUUCAAGUAUUAGAAGUCAGCUACACUGAACCAAGUAUACCUGGUAGAAUGAAUAAUCUUGUUAGCCUGCGGCACCUUGUUGUACGCAAGGGAUUAGUACUCUUCCAUUGCAACCAUUGA